GAAGCGAGGGAGCGGAUGUGAUUCAUGCUCUAAGUUCUUGGUUGGCUUGUUUGGUGGAUAGCUUCUUCUGUGGGUAUUUCUCGAAGGCAAACACGCGCGCUCCGGAAUCCCUCAGUUGAGAAUUGGUCAGAGGAGAGUGAAGAGCUCCUCUGUGUCGUCUAUGAGAGUGUCCAAUACUACCAAAGUGAAGUGCCUCGUUCAGGUCCCCUGAUGGGCCGUUUCUAACUGUGGUCUUCUACGUAACCCCGUGUUCUAUGCCAGUGAGGGUAGCCCGCCAAAAAUACCCCUCAAAAGUGAAGUGAAAAGUCGCAAAAGACAGCAUGGAGGACGCCGAAUACAUGCUGUUCAUACAGCUCCUAGUGGUUGGCUCGGUGAUUGUCAGUCUUUUCACGUACCUGCUCCGAUCCAUGAUCUGCAAGGCCAAGAAUGACAUUGGGGCCAAAGCGAUCUUGAUCACCGGGUGCGACACCGGGAUCGGUCAUGAGUUGGCCAGACAUUUGGAUGGCUUGGGCUAUCAUGUUUUUGCAGGGUGUCUAAAUACCGGGAGUGAAGGUGCCCAACGCCUCAGGGUGGAGUGCUCUCCAUUCUUGAGAUUGGUGAACAUGGACGUCACCAAGGAGGACCAUGUCAAACAUGCCAUGGAAUAUGUGGCCGAGAAUUUACCUGCUGGAGAACAAGGAUUGUACGCUUUGAUCAAUAAUGCCGGUGUGUGCGUUUGUGGAGAAUUUGAUUGGCAAACCUGGCAUCAAAUUCAGAAGCAGAUCGAUGUUAAUCUGCUUGGAACCCUUCGUGUCACGAAAUAUUGUCUACCCCUCUUGAAAGCAGGCGAAGGUCGGAUCAUAAAUGUGAGCAGUGUUGCCGGAUUGUAUGGAUAUCCUGGAUUGUCCAUUUAUUGUGCCACCAAGCACGCUAUGGAAGGAGCCAGCGCUGUCCUGAAAGAGGAGUUGGGGAAAUUCAAUAUUCCCGUUGUCACCGUACAACCAGGGGAUUUCAGCAAAGCCACACACCUCUUGGACAACCAUCACAAAAAUAUGAAUCAAAUGUGGUCAGAGAUGUCCGAAUUUCAACGUGAGGAGUACAAGGACUACUUCAUCUCGUACCACAACGGUGUGGCCAAGACCGGACUAACCGGCAAGCGCAUCAAGCCGCUCACCGUGCUCUCUGCCAACGUGAUUCGGGGCUUCGAAAAGGCCAUCAUGACCAAGGUCCCGGACGAGAAGUACUUGCUACUGCCCAACUGGCGGUCCCAGUUGAAGAUGUGGAUCAUCGGCUGCCUGCCCGAGAAGUGGUCCCAAUACCUGAUUGCACGACGGUACCGCAAAUCCUUGCCCAAAGUGGUCCCCUCCCCACUCCUGGGAUCCGUUCGUUCGGGCAGUUCCACGGCCAGUACGAUCAGCUCAGUGGGAUCGAGGUUCUAAAGUGGACCCCUGAUCGUGGGUGGGAACGCAUCAGCCCCGGCCAAGCCCAUGGAUCGCACUGCCAGGAAAGUGCCCUUACCUGCCUAAGUAUCAAGAGCGACCACAAUAACAAUAACAACAACAACAACAACAACAGUCGUGAUUUGUAUACUGUUAUGUAGUGAAGUAUCAGAAAUCAAAGCCAAUCGGAAACCCACCACUGCAAGGACAUCAAAAUUCCCUUAUGUACAACAAAGCCAUAUGAUGCUGUAUUAAUAUGUUCGUGUUUUCCUUAUUCGUUCGAUCGUAUGCCCUACUAUCUAUGUAUGCCCUACCCUACCUGUUUUGUGAACUCCAGAUCCCCUGAAAAGAUAACGGUUUCAAGUACUCUUGUGAUAAUGAUUGUAAUCAGGCUAUUUCAGUUGCGAGAAUGACUUUGCCCCGCGCCUUGAAUUGCUCAACAUUUUUGCUAAUUUUUGUGUCUUGCACGGAUCAACUGCUUUGAACUGAGACUGUUCAAAAAAGUUAGCAAACAUAAUUCCCCCCUUUUUAUGCCCUCCCCAAUUUCAAUCAACUCUCUUUGUUUCAUGUGAAAACGCGCUCUGAACGAAAUACAUGGGGUGUUAUCGGUGUUAUCGAAGGCCUCUGUGCCAUUGCUAUUAUUUCCAGGUGUUGUAUGAUUGGCUCAGCUUAAUUUAUGAAAUACAUGUUAUUCUUCACUCU